AACCCCCAAUUGACACAACCUUGUGGUUAGAAGGUUCAAGGAAGUUUGGUUAUUAGUAUAUCAUCAAGAUGGCACAAGCACCACUUAAAGUGAAGAGAAAAGAGAAGACGAGGAUCACCAAGAAGCAGCAGAAUCCUAAGAAGGCUGCGCCAAAGAUCAUCAAACCAAAGAAUAAGCAACUGGCACAGAUGGCCAAGUUGAACAAGUCAUAUUCCGUUACACACCAGACAGAGAAGCUCAUCGCAUCUCGUGUUGGGCACUUGGAGCUUCUAAAAGGGUCCAGAAGAGAAAUAGAGAGAGCCGAGAAAGAGAAGAAGAGAAAAGAGGCCUUGAAGGGUAAGUGAUAAGGCUCGUUAUGGUUAAAGAGUCGUUUUGCUUUUAGCCGCCACA